AUGGAGGGAGAGAUGCAGCCCGCAGAUGAAGGGCCCUGCGCCCCGAAGAUGUGCCGACAACAACGGGGUCCGUACAGCACCCUGAAAACCUUCCAGAGCAAGCGCUCGGCGGGCAAGUCGCGCUUUGACAGGUCCGCUGUGGUCGAGGUGCCCCUCUUUAGCGACGGGCAUCACUUCACUUUUCAUCCCGAGCAGCCUCACCAUUUCCAGCCGCACCAUCAUCACCACCACCAGCGUCUGCAGCAGCUCCACCAAACCGGCGUCGCUAUCAGCAGCAGCCAGCAGCAUCACACGACGCCUCAGCAGCAGCAGCAGCAGCAUCGUUUCCCAUGUGAGAACAGGCCCAGCAGCAGGGUCCCGACAUCCACCUCAGCGCCGGCGGGCAGCGUGGCGGCGGCAGCAUCUCCUGGUACCCAGCAGCGGCGCGCCGGCAGCGGCAGAGCGGAGCCCAGAUUCUCCCCGGACUGCACCUACGGUAUCAGCUCAGAGAAUCGUCUCAUCCUGGAUGCCUUCGCCCAGCAGUGUAGCCGAGUCCUCAGCCUCCUCAACAACGGCCGUCUCCUGGAGCCCUCCUCCUCCUCCUCCUCUUUCACCUCUAACAUCAAGCUAGAAGACGGGCCAGGGGAGGUACAGGGAUUUCACUGCUCCUCACUGGGCAAGCCCAAACCUGAAGAGAGCUCUUCCAGUACAGACCCAGAGGAGGAGGCCCACCAAAGCCAUUUGAGCCAACAACAGACCUCUGCCGUUCUCCGCAUCUUCACAGACUCCCUACAGAACUAUCUGCUCUCAGGGCCCCAGCAGCAGCAGCAGCAGCAGCAGCAUCUGGCUGCGGGUCUGGAGGAGGAGCAGUGUCCAUCGGCCGAGCCCGGUUCGGGGGGCUCUCCUCCAAGACACAGCCUCGGAGGCUGGGGCUCGCCGACUCCGUCAGAGUCGUACGGCCACCCGUCGUCCACCCUGCCCGAGGAGGAAGAGGAGGAGGAGAGCUGCUGCCCGCGCUGCCUGGAGUUGGAGCAGGAGGUGCUGUCUCUGCAGCAGGAGAACGAGGAGCUCCGCAACAAGCUGGAGAAUAUCCCAGUUCCCUGUCAAAAUGUCCUUGACUACUUCAAGACCGUUCUUGAGUUUCACAACCAGCUGAUCCAGCCGAUGCCGGAGGAGCAGCUCACCGAGGAGGAAGAACGGCAAACGGUGUUUGAGGGCAGUAAGCAGCUCCUGGAGAACUACCCUCUCUUCAUCACUAACAAGCAGUGGGACGAAGCCGUCAACUCCUCGAAGAAAGACGGCAGACGGCUGCUGCGCUACCUGAUCCGCUACGUCUUCACCACGGACGAGCUCAAGUUCUCGUGCGGUUUGGGCAAAAGGAAGCGUUCGGUCCACUCAGGAGACCCGGGCCUGGAGAGACGACCGCUCAACCCCGUCAAAGUCAGCUGCCUCAGAGAGUUUAUCCGGAUGCACUGUGCCUCAAACCCAGACUGGUGGAUGCCCUCAGAAGAGCAGAUCAACAAAGUGUUCAGCGACGCCGUCGGUCACGCUCGUCAGGGCCGAGCGGUCGGCACGUUCCUGGGCAGCAGCGGCAGCAGCACCAGCAGCCUCUACAUGGACGCCUUUGAUGGGCACCUGUCACAGGACGAACUGUAUUUAAAAGGCUGCCAGAACGGCCAAUCGGACUGA